GCGGACUGUCUAAGAAAUGAAGUGAAUUACUUAGAAGCACUCGCAUGUGGUUGCAGUGGGUAAAUACACUCACAGUGUGCGUCGGGGGGAGCAGAGAGUGCGCCAGUCCCAACUAAACCUUCCUGAAAACGCGCAUUUGAAUGCAACUUGUUGACGCCUCUCUAAUCCGUGCAGGAGCACCGUGAAUCGCAUCAGCACCGGGAAGCCCCCGUGUCUCUACCCCGGAGGCUUAAUUGUUGCUGGAGUCAAACCAUCACCGAGCUGCGUCCUGGUGCAUCACCCAGAGAUCCGCCGGUACAACACUUUCUCUCUUUUUUUUUUUUUUUUUUUUUUUUUUUAAUUUUAUUUUUUUGGUUUCCACUUUUCACUCAUUCGGUGAUUAAACUCUGGAAAAAGUGGCUUUUUUGCAGCGACAUCACAAUAUACAGUAAUGUUCUCGAGUCGCUCAAGUUUGCCGGGCGAUUGAGAAUACGAGUUUUGGACGCUGUUUGCGAUCAUUUACAUUCGUAUACCGACACGGACGCUCUUCCUUUUAGAUGAUAUGUGAAGCAGUAUCAGCUUUUAUAACAGUAACAUCUACAGAAGCUGGUACGCGCUCAAUGUAACCAGUCUGCAUCCUGUUUGUUCGUACUGGACGUGCGUAAAUGAAGGACGCCGCUCCCGGGACUCCUUGGUUUCUUUUCUGCUUUGCUUUUAUCAAAAACAAGGAGGAAAGAGCUUCACAAAACGAGGAAAAAGGCAUGGAUGAAAAUGCCUCAGAGGAAGCCGGAUGAAAGUCUCAGUAAACCUUCUAAUCUGUACGAACAGCACAAGUAAAAGUUUAUCUGACAGGCAAUGCAGUAAAGAAGAAGCAGUUAAUGCACAAGCGUUUAACACUGGGAACCUGAAAUAAUAAAGACUCUGCUGAUCAUGGCAUUUCAGCAAACUUGUACAUAACUGCCAAAAAGCCCCACGGAUAUCGAAUAAUUAUCUAUGGGCUGACUUUCUAACUAGAAUUGUUCCUCGGCCGGUUUUGAUGUCAGUCAUGUCACUGUAGUGUUUUGGCUUCCCAGCAUCAUCAGAGACACCAGGCACAGCCAAGUUUCAGUCCGAACCUCAAAUCAGGAGGCCUCAUGUGGACUUGAGAAAAGAUAAGAAAGAGACAACAAGCAAACCUUUGUAUCUGUCGUCGUCAUCUUCCUACAUGCAGCUCCCCGCUUAGCUUUAUUGAAAAGGAGGAGCCCAUUAAAGCAUUUGAUAGAUAGGAAAGCUUGGUCUGAAGGUGUGGUUGCCGGCUGGCUGCUGGUGGGAGAUGAGAUAACAGCGCUGGGAAGAGAGAAAAGACGUGUCUGUCUGAUGGGAGCUGAAUACAAAUUAGGAUCUGGCUCUCUUGCAGCUACACCAGUGGAGCAAAUCAAUACUCGAGAAGUGAAAUGGACAAAUUAGCCAGUGGUUGAAGACAAUUCAUCAUCAGGAUCGUUAAUUGUAACGUGAAAUGAUAGAAUUAGACAUUUGCUAAAGGUUGGUAUGAAAUUGUUUUGCCAUUAAACGAAUGGAAAAUAAAGGACAACUUUUAGUGAAGGGAGGAUAAAAGACGAAGUUUUGCAUUUUUUUGCAGCCGAAACCAACAGUGCCAAACCACAAUACCGCCUCCUUCGGUGCCAUGCUGGACCUUUUUAGAUUACAGUGAUGAGGCUAAACUUUAUACAAGAGACGGUUUAAAGGCGUAGAGGCAAGAUGGAGUUGGAUAACAGCUCUUUGGACUACUUCACCAGUAACUUCACAGAGAUUCCUGACACCACUACAGUUCCACCAUGGAGCGAGGCCACGCUGCUCGGCCUCCAGGUCUCCCUGUCUGCGCUGCUGGCCGUCGUCACUCUGGCUACGGUGCUUUCAAAUGCCUUCGUUAUCGCCACCAUCUUCCUCACCAGGAAGCUUCACACACCUGCCAACUUCCUGAUCGGCUCUCUGGCCGUCACAGACCUGCUGGUGUCGAUUUUAGUCAUGCCAAUCAGCAUCGUCUACACUGUCAGCAAGACGUGGUCGCUGGGGCAGAUUGUUUGUGACAUCUGGCUGUCAUCUGACAUCACGUUCUGCACGGCCUCCAUCCUACACCUGUGUGUGAUUGCGCUGGACCGCUACUGGGCCAUCACAGAUGCUCUGGAGUACUCCAAACGCCGCACCAUGCGCCGGGCAGCGAUCAUGGUCGGGGUAGUGUGGGUGAUUUCUAUAUCGAUUUCCAUGCCUCCACUUUUCUGGCGGCAGGCCAAAGCCCACGAGGAGCUGACAGAGUGCAUGGUGAAUACAGAUCAGAUCUCUUACACCCUGUACUCCACCUUUGGCGCCUUCUAUGUUCCCACAGUGCUUCUCAUCAUCCUCUACGGACGGAUUUACGUCGCGGCCCGCUCUCGCAUUUUCAAGACGCCGUCAUCGUCUGGGAAGCGUUUCACCACGGCACAGCUCAUCCAGACCUCGGCAGGCUCCUCUCUCUGUUCUCUUAAUUCUGCCUCCCACCAGGAAGCGCACCUACACUCUGGAGGCGGCGGAGGAGGAGGAGGAGGAGGAGGAUCGCCGCUGUUCAUGAAUAGUGUGAAAGUGAAGCUUGCAGACAGCGUGCUGGAGAGGAAACGUCUGUGUGCAGCGCGGGAGAGGAAAGCAACCAAGACUCUGGGCAUCAUCCUGGGCGCGUUCAUUGUCUGUUGGCUGCCGUUCUUUGUUGGCACUCUCGUCAUGGCCAUAUGUAAAGAUUGCUGGUUUGAUCCGGUGCUGUUUGAUAUCUUUACCUGGCUGGGAUACCUGAACUCACUUAUCAAUCCCGUCAUCUACACCGCAUUCAACGAUGAGUUCAAGCAGGCUUUCCAAAAACUCAUCAAAUUCAGACGGGGCUCCUGAAAAACCCAGAGUGGAUUAAAACUUGCAUUUCCAGGAAGAAAACGAAGAUAAUAUGUCAUAAUGAUAGUGGAACUGCACACUUAAAUGUCCCAUCUUGUAAGCACAUGCUAAAUGUAUAUCUUUUUUUUUUUUACAUCAAUCAGCUGCGUGCCAUAGAACUUUAGAUACAGUAUAUCUAUCAUAUAGACUUAUGCAUGCUUCUUUAAAAAGAGAAACUCUCAAGAACUGUGGGACCCAUCUUAAGAAAAAUGAAGGGAGUUUUAAGGCUCUUUCAGAUCACAGGGACAUUGCUGUUAUUUGUUGGACAAAAGCAAAAAUUCUAAACAAGCAAGGACUUAGGGUGACUUUGUGGAAAGAGCAAAACUCUGAGCGACUGGAUUUAAUCCGGCUCAAAUGAAAAGCCAUGAAAUAUAUGUUGUCUAAAUCUGUCAUGCUUUAUGCUGCUGCUCCCAUCUGAUGUUUUCGUGGUACAGUAAAGUGCUUAGAAAGAC